CCGGUGACCUUAUCCCCUCGCCGGUGAGCGAAUCUCAGAUCCAAAAUUUUGCACUUUCUCCGAAUCUCAAAAUUCAAGCCAUCGAUCGAUUUUCAUGGAGGACGACGACGAGAUUCAGUCAAUUCCAUCUCCGGGAGAUUCUUCUCUUUCACCACAAGCUCCUCCUUCUCCGCCGAUUUUGCCAACAAACGACGUUACGGUGGCCGUCGUGAAGAAACCACAGACGCUGGUUUCUUCUCAAUCUCCGUCGAGGAACGCUUUAGCGUUAGUGGUUCAUACUCCUUCUGUAACCGGUGGUGGUAGCGGUAAUACCAGAAACGGACGAGGAGGAAGCGGUGGUGGUGGCGGAGGAAGAGACGAUUGUUGGAGCGAAGAAGCAACCAAGGUUCUAAUCGACGCUUGGGGAGAUCGAUUCUCUGAACCAGGUAAAGGAACUUUGAAGCAACAACAUUGGAAAGAAGUAGCUGAGAUUGUGAACAAGAGUCGUCAAUGCAAAUACCCUAAAACUGAUAUACAGUGUAAGAACAGGAUUGAUACGGUGAAGAAGAAGUAUAAGCAAGAGAAAGCUAAGAUUGCUUCUGGUGAUGGACCUAGUAAAUGGGUCUUCUUCAAGAAGCUUGAGAGUUUGAUUGGUGGUACUACGACAAUUGUUGCUUCUUCGAAAGCUUCGGAGAAGGCUCCUAUGGUAGGAGCUCUCCGUUCGAAUAUGUAUAAACGGCAAGCUAAAGGAAAUCAGAUUGUGCAAGGAGGGGAUUUGAAGAGAAGCUCUGAUUCAAUGCGUUGGCAUUUUAGGAAACGAAGUGCUUCUGAGACUGAGUCUGAGUCUGAUCCUGAACCUGAGGCUUCUCCUGACUCUGCUGAGAGUCUGCCACCGUUGCAACCGCCUCAACCGCUUUCGUUUCAUCUGCCUAAGCGGUUGAAGGUGGACAAGAGUGGAGAUGGAGGGAGUGGAGUUGGAGAUGUGGCGAGAGCGAUACUUGGAUUUACGGAAGCUUAUGAGAAGGCGGAAACGGCUAAGCUUAAGCUAAUGGCGGAACUGGAAAAGGAGAGGAUGAAAUUCGCUAAAGAGAUGGAGUUGCAGAGAAUGCAGUUCUUGAAAACUCAAUUGGAGAUAACACAGAACAAUCACGAAGAGGAAGAGAGGAGCUGGCAGCGGGGAGAAAGGAGGAUCGUUGACGAUGAUGAUCGCAAUGGCAAGAAUAACGGCAAUCUGUGGGAUGAAACGGUGGCCGGACCGACGCCGGACAAUGGUCUCGGGAAAUUGAGAAAGCACGAUUCAUUAUCCACCGUCCGAUCUUCUCCUCCUUCUCUCUCAAGCGAUCAAGUCACCAGAAGCAUAAUGGUUACCAAGGGGAAUAACAAUGUCCGUGGUCUCCGUAAAUUGAAAAUGGAUCCGGAUCGUGUUCCGGAUUCUCCAACUGGGUCAAUCAGCAACCCUGGGACGCCUUUAACCCCUGGGACACCAUGCUAUGAUUUGGGACCAUUCACUGCCGGUAAAAUCCCUUCCUCCGGCGAAGACGAUGCUGCAAGUCUCACCACUUAUGAAUGGAUUGUGAUUAACGCGUUGGACCGUUGAAUGAACAAGCCGAGAGAGGAAAAUCUUACGGGGUUUUUGUGUAAAUAUAAAUAACCUAUGCAU